AAUAAAUCCGAGACAGCCACAAAAUAUCUCUAGUAUAACAAAAACAAACCCCACUAAGAAAGCAAGUGAAUUGAGUUCUGCUGCAGUUCAUCGUCCCGCCCAUGUCAAAUUCAGAUGACGUUGCUGCAAACGGAGCCAUUACGGACCCCAAGGUACGACAAGUGCCGGUCAACGGUUCCCUCGCCGUAAAAAAGCCUCCGACCAAAGAUCAUCACACCAAAGUGGACGGCCGUGGGCGAAGGAUCAGGAUGCCGAUCAUUUGUGCGGCUCGUGUUUUCCAGUUGACUCGUGAGUUGGGUCACAAAUACGACGGUCAGACCAUCGAGUGGCUGUUACGCCAAGCCGAACCCUCCAUUAUAACAGCCACCGGUACCGGGACGAUUCCCGCCAGUUUCUCCACCGUGUCGGCUCCCGUCCGCGGUCGAAGUGAUUCCAAUUCUAUGCCGUCGACAACGUCUUUGGACCAUAAAUCUUUACUAGGUCCCGUCAGUUUAAUACUUGGGAAACGGGUCAGUUUCGACAAUGGUAACGCCGGGAAGGACGAUUCUGGGGUGAUCACGAUGUGCCCAGAUAUGGGACAUGCGGGUGGUUUCUGGGCUCUUCCAGCAAGGCCCGACUAUGGUCAACAAGUAUGGAGCUUCACGCUUCCGCCAGAGAUUGCUGUUCAUACUGCUAAUGCAGCCGCUGCAGAAUCUGUUCAGCUACCUACUGCUACUGCGUUGUUCGUUCAACAACAGCAAGCAAUGGGAGAAGCGUCGGCGGUGAGGGUUGGAAAUUAUCUUCCAGGGCAUCUGAAUUUGUUAUCUUCUUUGUCCAUAACUCCGGGAAGCUCGGAUCUGAAAGGCGAGUAUCCGAAUUGAAUUCGGGUGGAGCACUUUACCCUCUUCGUUUGGGAGUGUGUAGAUUCUAUGAAUAUUUGUAUAUGGUUGGUGUUUUAAGCGUGUGGAUGUGUAAGUUGAGUUUUAGUUGCAGAUUAGGGAAUUAGGAUUUUGAAUGGGAGAAUUUGGGUCUCCUUUAUAAUGG